GAUGCAUGUAAAAUAUUGAUUACUAAGAAAUACAUUUUUAUGAAAACGUGCAACUGAAGUCUCCCAGUCUAUAGCAAAGUCUUAAAAAAUUACAAAUAAAGUAAGAACAGAUCACAAAUAUAAAACCGUUUAACUUAUUUUAAGUGAUUUUUUAAUAUCUUUUUCUAUAUAGUUUUUACUUAAAAAUGGCCGAAGAAUUACAGAAACAAUUCCAACGGGAACUAGAUGCUUUUAAACAAUGUCAAAAAGAAGUUAAUCAGUUGACUGGAAUGCGUCAACAACUAGAUGGUCAACUUAAUGAAAAUUCAAUUGUCAAAGAAGAAUUAUCAUUAUUAAAACCUACUGGUGAAGUGUAUAAAAUGGUUGGUCCUAUAUUAUUGCGUCAAGAUUAUACAGAAGCCAAGGAAAAUAUUGAUAAACGUAUGAAUUAUAUACAAAAAGAAUUAACCAGAAUUGAUGGUCGGAUAACAUCGUUAGAAAAACAACAAGACGAAUAUAGAGAUAAGUUGACUAAAUUGCAACAACAGUUUCAAGCCCAACAAGAAAAAAAGUAACUAAAUUGAUCAAAAUAUGAUGCUAAAAUUUAAUUUGAUAUCUAAUACAUUUCAUUUAGGUAUAUGCGUUACAGCCUUUGGAUAAUUUAUAACAUUUUAUAUACUACACUAAUAAUAUUAAUAAAUAAAGUAUUUAAUGUUUUUACAAAUCUAAAAAUUAUUUGUUUACCAAUUUAA